AUGGCUUCAAUUGCAGAUCCCGUAACGGUAGCGGAGGAUCCAGUACCGCCGCUGGACCUGUCAACAGCUAUUGAUAGGCUCCCAGUCACAAAGCGAGAGAAAGGAGAAAUAAAGAAGUGGAUUACAGAUAGCAGGAGGAAACGAAUCGAGAUCCUGAUAACAGGGAGGACGGGAGUGGGAAAGUCGACGCUAGUCAACUCCCUCGUCGGCAGGCCCGUCGCGGAAGCUGGGAACAUGCGCGCUGUAACGAAGGUCGUAACGGACUACCAGUUACGACAGAGGAAGGAGUUGAGGUAG